AUGAUCCCUGAGACUACAUAUGAGUCCCCGACACAGUCCUGGUUUGACCAGGCCCGAUUUAUCCCACCUGAUGCCAUCUUUGCGUUGACUGCUCAAUAUUUGGCAGAUCCGUCUCCCAAGAAAGUCAACUUGGGGCAGGGUACGUAUCGUGACGAACAUGGCAACCCAUGGGUUCUUCCCUCCGUCAGAAUGGGUAAGGAGUUGUUGUCACAGGAGUUGAAUCACGAAUAUCUCCCUAUCGCCGGCCUGUCAUGUUUCCGCAAAGAGGCUGCAAAGAUAGCACUGGGCCCGGAGCCUUUUUAUCAACAACAGAACAAACUAGCGACUUGUCAAAGCCUCUCCGGCACUGGGGCACUUCACUUGGCUGGAUUGUUGCUAAGGGCGUGCAAGUCACCUUUACCCAAAGUGUACAUCCCCGAGCCGACGUGGUCCAAUCACCAUCAGGUGUUUGCGUCUCUCGGAUUCCACUGUGAAACUUUCAGAUACUAUGACCCAGAAACCAAAGGCCUAGAUAUUGAGUCUUAUUAUUCAGCAUUGAGACUGGCUGAGCCUAACUCUGUGGUCAUCGUACAUGCAUGCGCUCAUAAUCCGACAGGAUGUGAUCCGAGCAAGGAUCAAUGGCGAGAACUUGCGCGCCUCUUCAAAGAGAGGCAGUUGUUCCCACUCUUUGAUGCUGCUUACCUAGGAUUCAAUUCUGGCAAUGUUGAUAGUGAUGCCUUCGCUAUUCGACUAUUUAUUGAGGAGUCAGAAUUGGAAGCUGGCGUUUGCCUGUCUUUCGCGAAAAAUAUGGGUCUCUAUGGGGAGAGAGUCGGAUGCCUCUUACUUGCAACAAGUACAGAAGAAACGGCCGCGAAGACUCAAUCAAUGCUUGAAAUGCUCCAGCGAUCUGAAGUAUCAAACCCUCCGGCCUAUGGCGCAAAGAUCGCGAGCACCAUACUAGCAAAUGCAACCCUUAGGCAGGCUUGGCAUGACGAUUUGAUCACUAUGAGUAGUAGGAUUCGCUCCAUGAGGUUGAAACUAUAUGAUAGUUUGGUUUCUACUGGUGCACCAGGCUCUUGGGAACAUCUGCUCUACCAGUCUGGAAUGUUUGGAUUUCUUGGACUGUCCCCAGUGGUCGUAUUGAGACUUCGCGCGCAGUAUCACAUCUACAUGGCAAGCAAUUCUCGCAUCUCAAUUGCUGGACUCAAUGAACAGAAUGUGGAUUAUGUUGGGAAGUCAAUCACUGAGUGUCUGAUACAAGAACUCUGA